AUGGCCGCUAAGUCAGACGGGAGGCUGAAAAUGAAGAAGAGCAGCGACGUGGCGUUCACCCCGCUGCAGAACUCGGACCACUCGGGUUCGGUGCAGGGAUUGGCUCCGGGCUUGCCGUCGGGGUCGGGAGCCGAGGACGAGGAGGCGGCUGGGAGCGGCUGCUGCCCGGACGGCGGCGGCUGUUCGCGCUGCUGCUGCUGUUGCUCGGGCAGCGGCGGCGGCUCGGGCGGCGGCUCCGGGGGCUCCGGCGGCCCCGGCGGCAGCGUGGCUGGCCCCGGCGGCGGGGCGAGCUCGGCGGCGCUGUGCCUGCGCCUGGGCAGGGAGCAACGGCGCUACUCGCUGUGGGACUGCCUCUGGAUCCUGGCCGCCGUGGCCGUGUACUUUGCGGACGUGGGCACGGACAUCUGGCUUGCCGUGGACUACUACUUGCGCGGCCAGCGCUGGUGGUUCGGACUCACGCUCUUCUUCGUGGUGCUUGGCUCGCUCUCGGUGCAAGUGUUCAGCUUCCGCUGGUUUGUGCACGAUUUCAGCACCGAGGACAGCGCCGCCGCCGCCGCCGCCGCCGCCGCCGCCGCCUCCAGCUGCUCGCAGCCCGGAGCCGAUUGCAAGACCUUGGUCAGAAGUGGAUCUGCAGCCGCGGAAGGAGAGGUUCGUCCUUCCACGCCUCAAAGGCAAGCAUCCAACGCCAGCAAGAGCAACAUCGCCGCUCCCAACAGUGGCAGCAACAGCAGCGGGGCCAGCGGCAAACACAGGUCUGCCUCCUGCUCCUUCUGCAUCUGGCUCCUGCAGUCACUCAUCCACAUCUUGCAGCUCGGGCAAAUCUGGAGAUAUUUCCACACAAUAUACUUAGGUAUUCGAAGCCGACAGAGUGGGGAGAAUGACAGAUGGAGGUUUUACUGGAAAAUGGUGUAUGAGUAUGCAGAUGUGAGUAUGCUGCAUUUGCUAGCCACCUUUCUGGAAAGUGCUCCACAGCUGGUCCUGCAGCUCUGCAUUAUCGUACAGACUCAUAGCUUACAGGCCCUCCAAGGUUUCACAGCGGCAGCCUCCCUGGUGUCUUUGGCUUGGGCCUUGGCCUCAUACCAGAAGGCCCUCCGGGACUCUCGAGAUGACAAGAAGCCCAUCAGCUACAUGGCUGUCGUCAUCCAGUUCUGCUGGCACUUCUUCACCAUCGCUGCCAGGGUCAUCACCUUUGCCCUCUUUGCCUCGGUGUUCCAGCUGUACUUUGGGAUCUUCAUCGUCCUUCACUGGUGCAUCAUGACCUUCUGGAUCGUCCACUGUGAGACAGAAUUCUGUAUCACCAAAUGGGAAGAGAUUGUGUUCGACAUGGUGGUGGGGAUCAUCUACAUCUUCAGCUGGUUCAACGUCAAGGAAGGCAGGACACGCUGCAGGCUCUUCAUUUACUAUUUUGUGAUCCUUUUGGAAAAUACAGCCUUGAGUGCCCUCUGGUACCUCUACAAGGCUCCCCAGAUUGCAGAUGCAUUUGCCAUCCCAGCGCUGUGUGUGGUGUUCAGCAGCUUUUUGACGGGCGUGGUUUUUAUGCUGAUGUAUUAUGCCUUCUUUCACCCCAAUGGACCCAGAUUCGGGCAGUCACCAAGUUGUGCUUGUGAGGACCCAGUCGCUGCCUUCACCCUGCCUCCAGAAGUGGCCACGAGCACGCUGCGGUCCAUCUCCAACAACCGCAGUGUUGUCAGCGACCGCGACCAGAAAUUUGCAGAGCGGGAUGGGUGUGUACCUGUCUUUCAGGUGAGGCCCACAGCUCCAUCCACCCCAUCAUCUCGCCCACCACGGAUUGAAGAAUCUGUCAUUAAAAUUGACCUGUUCAGGAAUAGGUACCCAGCAUGGGAGAGACAUGUUUUGGACCGAAGCCUCCGGAAGGCCAUUUUAGCCUUUGAAUGUUCCCCGUCUCCUCCAAGGCUGCAGUACAAAGAUGAUGCCCUUAUUCAGGAGCGGUUGGAGUAUGAAACCACUUUAUAG